CAGUGCGGCGAAAUAUCCCCACCCACGGACUCGGGUGCUAAGCCUUGCACAGUCGCCAUGAGCUACAUCAAUCUGCCCACCGUGCUGCCCAGCUCCCCCAGCAAGACCCGGGGGCAGAUCCAGGUGAUUCUCGGGCCCAUGUUCUCAGGGAAAAGCACCGAGCUGAUGAGGAGAGUCCGGCGCUUCCAGAUCGCCCAGUACAAGUGCCUGGUCAUCAAGUAUGCCAAAGACACGCGCUAUAGCAACAGCUUCUCCACACAUGAUCGGAACACCAUGGACGCAUUGCCGGCCUGCAUGCUCCGAGAUGCGACCCAGGAGGCCUUAGGUGUGGCUGUCAUUGGCAUCGAUGAGGGGCAGUUUUUUCCUGACAUUGUGGAUUUCUGUGAAACGAUGGCCAACGAGGGCAAGACAGUGAUUGUGGCAGCGCUGGAUGGGACCUUCCAGAGGAAGGCUUUCGGCAGCAUCUUGAACCUGGUGCCCCUGGCGGAGAGCGUGGUGAAGCUCACCGCCGUGUGCAUGGAGUGCUUCCGAGAAGCUGCCUACACGAAGAGGCUGGGCCUGGAGAAAGAGGUGGAGGUGAUUGGCGGAGCCGACAAGUAUCACUCCGUAUGCCGCCUGUGCUACUUUAAGAAGUCUUCAGCCCAGGCUGCGGGGACAGACAACAAGGAGAACUGUCCGGUGCUGGGGCAGCCUGGAGAGGCCUUGGCUGUCAGGAAGCUCUUUGCCUCUCAGCAAGUCCUACAGUACAACUCUGCUAACUGAGGGGACCUGGGGCCUGCCAGCUCCUACUCCAGGUUGGGCUCUCAGAGAGCGGGGGGAGGGCGGGCUGCCAUUCCUAAUGGGCAUUGUGCCUUGGACAGGCUCAUCGUCCACUUGCUGAAGCCGUUUUCAGUUCCCCUCUUGGUUGCCGAGAUGGCGCAGUGCAGACUGGAGCCCAGACCCUGCCUGGUGGCUAGGGUUCCGCAUUCAGCCAAAGGUGAGGACGGAGCUGUCCAGCGUUGUGACACUGGUGGUGCUAGCUUCUUCCUUGUUGGUGGCUGGGUUUCAGUCUCAGAGCCCCACCCUCACCAAGGCUCCAGGCCUCUCCCAUUCUCUCCCAUUUGUGCCUAAACAUUGCCUCGUAGCCUGUAUUAUAUUUGACUAUAAUUUUUCUCUGCUCAGAACAGAACAUACUCAGCUCUUGAGUAUGUUUCUUGU